AUGGCCUGCGCGGACGUGGAGAUGCUCGACACCUGGAGCCCGUUGUGCCGUGUGGGAGAUACUCCUUUGGUUGAUGGGGAUUUGAUGGCAUCAGAAAGGAGACUGCGGCAUCGUUCGACCGUGGAACAAUUGCCAGCCUGGUCGUCUCCAACUGCAGGGAACAUCACACGGUGCAUCUCGCCAAAAGUACGCACCAUCCUUUUUGACUCCUUUUAUUCGCUUUUCCCUCCUAUAUUGAUACUCUUCUCUCUCCGCCCCCUUUUAACUGUUACCCGAUACGCAGUUUGCAUGUUCCAUCAUCUAUGGCUUAAUGAUUUUACUGCGCGUACUGCAAAUGAACCGUUUUUCUUCUUCUUCUCUUCUUCUUCUUCUUCUUCUCCUCUUUUCAUCUCCGUUCCAGAUGACCUCAGAGCCAUACUGGAGGCAGCAUUCUCGACUCCAGAAGCAUCUCCGCUACCGUCUUACGAUGAUGCGAUUCUCGAUUUGCCGCCAGACUACGCUUGCGACGAAUAUGCUCGCGCACAUGUUGAUACACACGCCGGUCCUGCUCCAGCCAGGCACCGCUCAACCAAAAAGCCAUCUUCGUUAUUUCAGGAUCCGCUUAUGAACAUAUCAGUUGAUUUCAAAGAUACAUCUAGAUUCAGGGAGGCAAAGAAGAAAAAGCCUGCUAAGAAACCUGCGCCCGUAGCAGACCCGUGGGCAGAUACCACACCAGAGAAAGAUUCCGGCGCAGGCCAGGAGGAAAAAGAUGCUUCGGGAGGCGGCGCCGAUGGAGGCGAUGGCGGAGGUGAUAAUGGUGGUGGUGGUGGUGGAGGAGACGAUGCCGGCGGCGGAGGAGGAGGUGGUGGUGGUGGCGGCGGUGAUGACCCUGGAGGCAACGAUGAUAAAGGUGGAGGUGAGGAAGAUGCGGAUCAAGGCUCAAGCAAGAAAAAGAAGAAGAAGAAGAAGAAGCAGGAGGAAGAAGAAGAGAAGAAGAGACAGGAAGAGGAAGAGGAGAAGAAGCGUCUAGAGGAAGAAGAGGAGAAGAAGAGAUUGGAAGAGGAGGAAGAGAAGAAACGACUUGAGGAGGAAGAGGAGAAGAAACGCCAGGAGGAAGAAGCCAAGGCAAAGGAGAACGCUGGCGGCGAUCUAUCCUGGGCCGAUGACACCAAUGCAGACACCAGCUGGGGUGAUUUUGGAGCUGCUACCACAUCCAAAAAGAAGAAGAAAAAGGGCAAGAAUGCUGCUACCGAGCUUCCCCCUCCUGAUCCAGCACCAAGUGCAUUUCAGGACGUCAGCUUAGAUGAUGGCGCUGGAGCACCUCAGAUUGGCAUGUCCUUUGGCGGAGAAGAUACCAAGGGUUCUACCGGAUUCAGUUUUGGCGGCUGGGGAAAGGACUGGAAUACAGGCGGCGAGCUUGAUCUCGGUGCAAACGGUGGUGAUACCAAAGAUGACGGCCUGAAUCCCUGGGGCGGUACCAGCAAGAAGAAUAAGAAAAAGUCUACGGGAUCCGACGCAUUUGACUUUGGCUUUGAUUCUAACGGUCUCGACGGUAACAAUGCCGAUCCUGCUGGGGAUGCAGGCGCUGACAAGGAACCUGACAAUUCCUGGGGGUUACCCGCCCCCACGACUGGGAAGGAUAAAAAGAAGAAGAAAAAGGGCGCUGCUGAACCCGCUGCUACGGAGGAGAAAGAUUCUGGUGGCCUCGGUGAUUGGGCUGACCUUGCCAUGCCGAAGAAGGGCAAGAAGAAAACCGCGUCUCCUUGGGGUCUUGGUGAUGACAAGGCGAAUGAUGGAGACGAUUUCUUCGCUGACCUAGGUAAAAAGGACAAGCAAGCCGAUCCAGAGCCAGAGCCCGAACCCGAACCGGCUCCUGAGCCCGUUGCCGAGGAAAAGCCAGCAGAAGAGGAUCCAUGGGGUGCUACGCCUGCGCCGUUGUCCAAGAAGGAGAAAAAGAAGAAAAAGAAGAAGGGCGCAGCAGACCCUGAACCCGAACCCGAACCUGUCCCUGAACCUGCUCCUGAGCCCGUAAAGGAAGAGGAGCCGGUUAAGGAAGACCCGCCGCCGCCUGAGGAGGAAGAUUGGGGUGGUUUUGGAGUCACCAGUUCUAAGAAGGACAAGAAAAAGAAGAAAGGAGCGUCCUUACUUGAUCCAGUCCCGGAGCCUGAGCCUGAAGCCCCCAAGGAGGAAGAAAAGCCUGCCGAGGAGUCGUUCAAUUCCUGGGACGCUAUUCCAGCCCCAACCACCAAAAAGGAUAAGAAAAAGAAAAAGGGGGCCGCGGCCGCGGAGCCCGUUAUCGCGGAACCUGAACCCGUGCCCGAUCCGGAACCAGUCGUUGAAGCCCCGCCGGCGGAAGAAAAGCCAGAAGACAGCUUCUGGAGUUCACUGGCCACUUCAUCUUCCAACAAAAAGGACAAGAAAAAGAAGAAAGGUGCCGCGGCAGAGCCGGUAAUACCGGAAACAGUCCCCGAACCAGACCCUGUGCCUGAACCCGAACCGGUCGUUGAGCCAGCUCCGGCCGAGGAAAAAAAGCCUGUUGAAUCUGCUGGAUGGGGGUUCGGUCUUCCUUCCACCACUUCCAAGAAGAAGAAGAAGGGCAGUGCUGCUGAUCCACCGCCUCCGCCACCACCCCCUCCUGAGCCAGAGCCAGUGGUUGAGGAAACUAAGGAAGAGGAGCCAGAGAGUUUCUGGGGAUUUUCCACUUCAAAGAACAAGAAGAAGAAAAAGAAGGAUGAGCCCGAGCCUGCACCCGUGGAAGCUGAGAAGUCGAAGGAUCUGUUUGAUAACGAUUCCUGGGGGAACGAAUUUGAUCAGGACAAAUCAAAGGGUACUGACCUGCUAGAUGAUCCUCCCAAGACGGAAACUACGUCAUGGUUCGGAUCACUCACAUCUUCAAAAAAGGACAAGAAGAAAAAGGGCAAAACGGCAGACCCUGUGACUCCGGGGGCCUUUGAUUUCGGUGAUGACCCUGCAUUGGAAGCUACGGGAGCCGGGGACGAGGUGGACUGGUUUGACAGUGGCAAGAAGUCUACUAAAAAUGAGGACCCUCUUGACAUACCGGAAUUCAUAGAUGAGGCUGCCGAGGAUACCAUGAAAAAAGAAGAGGAAGAGAAGAAGCCUGCCGUGAAAGAGACCAAGCUGUCCAAGAAAGACAAGAAAAAGAAAGCAGCAGCAGCCGCUGCUGCUGCUGCUGCUGAUCCGGUGCCAGAGGAGCCACCGGCAGAAGAACUGCCCAAAGUUGAUUUCUUCGAGGAUACCAAAGAGGAGCCUGACCUGCUGGCUCCUCCACCUGUUGAUGACUUUGACAGUUGGGGUACUGGAGCUGGGGCAACCACCACUAAGAAGGACAAGAAAAAGAAGAAGGGUGCCGCGACAGCUCUCCCCGACCCGGAACCAGAGCCCGCACCAAUAGCAGAGCAGACAGAGUCUAAUGACGUGGGUUUUGGAUGGAGUUUUGGUGGUACGACAAGCAAAUCGAAGAAAGGAAAGAAAGGAACCACUGUCGAAGCAGACGCGGCCAGUAAGGCGCCAGAGAAAGAUCCGUUUGCUUUGGACGAUCUGCUCGACCAACCAGCUGCGGACACAAAGAAGAAAAAGAAGAAGGGUGCAAAGUCAAUUAUUGAUGAACCAGCGGUUGCUGCCCCGGACCCUGAACCAGAACCGGUAGUCGAGCCCGAGCCCGAGCCCCAGCCGGAACCCGAACCCGAACCCGAACCCGUUCAAUCUUCAUCCUGGAGUCUCUGGGGUUCUUCGAAGCCUACAAAGGAGAAGAAGUCUAAAUCAAAAGCUACUGUACCUGAGGUCAAAGAGGAACCUGAAAAAGCAGCCAAAGGCAAGAAGGGUAAAAAGGUUGCAGAAGAGGUCAUUGACACGACCCCACAGGAUGAUGGUGUUGGUUCAGGAGAGUUGGUGCCCGUUCCCAAAACCCAGGACGAAAGUACCUGGGACAUAUGGGGUACGAUCACCAACAGCAAGAAGAAAGGCAAAAAGGGCGCCAGCGAAUUGCCGCCGCCUGCGCCUACACCCCCAGAAUUCCCACCUGAACAUGGAGGGGAUGGCAUGGGCGAUACGUGGGAUGAUAUUACUGCUCCCUGGCCGACCUCUAUCAAGAAGGGCUCCCUUUCACGAACAACUACAUCAACAUCAAAGGCGUCACACAUUGAAGAGAGCAAACUCAGUAAGACCAGAGGCAAAGGACUGGAGGUUGUCGAUGUAUCUGAGACUCCCAACCUCGACACUCCAGCUGAGGACGUGUCGGCCGCAAAAGCUGCCAAAGGAUACUGGAGCAGCUUUGGGCUGGCAUCAGGUGGCAAAACCAGCAGCAGCAAAGCUGCCAAGGGAGGUGUAGAUGCACCAGCAGACGACCUGCUCGACCUUGUUGAAGAAGAAGAGCCCAAGCCCGCCGCUAGUAAGACAACUAGUAAGGCCGAAAAGGCCAGUGCCAAAGCCUCGAAGAAAGAGAAAAAGGAGAAAGAUGCCAAAAAGGAGAAGAAGAUGAACGUUGGUGACCAAGAAGUAAAAGAAGACGAAGGUUCGCUUGAAGCGGCUAGCGCGCCUGCGGCUGACAAAGCGACCAAGCAACCAACUUCUUCUGCGACUGCGACCACCUCAGCGCCCAAAGCACCAGGCAAGUCGUCGGUUGCUGAGCGCAUCAAGCAGCUGGAGCAGAAGAAGGCCGAUAAGGAGGCCGCGAAGGCGCCCAAGACCAAGGAGAAGGCCAAACCCGAACCGCCCCCGCCCGCCGAGCCUGUUCCUGAACCAGAGGUAGUAGAGCCGGUGGAGGAGCCCGCAACCAAGGCCGCAAAGUCCUCAAAGAAAGACGCCGCGGCUUCAAAAACCAAGACGUCCUCCACGUCCAAGACGAAGACAAAGUCCAAGUCAAAGAAAGCAGCCGAAGAAGACCUGGCACCGGAACCCGUUCCUGAGCCUGAACCUGCAGUGGUAGCUAAGGAGCCGACCCCACGUGAUUCUGUGCCUGGAAGUUUCCCAGGCGCAUUCGACGAGCUGGCUGAUAUCGAGGAACACGAGCAGCCUAGCAAGGCGGAAGAAGCAGCACCGCCUCCGCCACCUGAACAAGAGGCAGCUGAGUUGAAGGAGCUUCUUUCAGACCCGGACGCAGGAUCGUCGCAACGUCCAUCAACAGCAAAAGCCGACGGAGAUGUAGCCGAUGAAAUGCCAGGUGCUACACCAAAGAAAUCGACCAAGAAAGAACGCGCUAGGAUCGAUCGGAGCUCCGGAGCUGCAUCUUGGGCUCUCUGGGGCGCUGCCGGGGCAUCGGGACCCGCUCCAAAGAAAUCAUCAAAAAAGGAAUCCAAAUCUAAGGAUCCCGGUGAGCCUGUUGUUAAGAAGGAGAAAGAAAGAGAAAAAGAUAAGGACAAGGAGAAGCCUCCUGGUCUGAGCAGGUCGAAAUCUUCAGCUACCAAGAAAGAGAAGGUUUCCAGCUUAGGGGCUGAAGUGGAGAAAUCCUCUGGCUCAGACAAGGAUAAACGUGCUUCGCGGCCCUCUAAACACAGCCGUGGGAUGAGUUUUCCCUUUAUGCUCUCGGGACCGCCACCGCCGCCUGUCCGGUCGAAAAGCACUAAGCGAGCGUCUGCAUCGAAGCCAACCUCCAGAAGACACUCGGUUGAGCUUGACGAUUCAGGUCUUUUGACCCCUCGCGAGAGUCCCGAUAUUCCAGAUAAGGCUGCAAGGAUGAUGGGUGUGGAGUCAUCCAAGCGCGUCAAACGCAGCUCCAGCCAUAAAAAGAAAUCAGAGCGCAAGCAUGAAAUUACUAACAUUCUUCUCUCAGUCCCACGCGACCCAUAUGCACUCGACGAUGACGUAGAAAUGUUGAGUCCUGAUGAUGGCUUAAUCUCCCCUCCAGGCAAAUCUUCAAAGGACCCAGAGCGACGCAGAUCAAGGAAAGAGUCUAAGAAACACAGCAGUGAUCCGGCUUUGGCUCCAUCAGGUGAAAUGCCAAUGGGCAGAGACGACUUUGGAGUCAUGAAUCACUCUUCGAGAGAACCGGUGCCCCUUCGUCGCUCUAACACAUCUCCCAAGCGUCCCGAAGGACUAUUUGGCUUCUUGUCCCUAAGGAAGCCUGGAGCCCGGGCUCCCGAAGUCCGCGAGCGCCCCAAAUCCCGCUCUCGUCAUGAGUCCUCAAGAAGAGAAACAGACAGAGAAAAGGAUGAAUCCAGACGCCGAAGAAGGUCCGUGAGGCCGGAUACUGAUGGCGAAGGCUUCACUACCGAUGCAAUGAGAACAGGCAAUAACAGCCCUACCGAGGAGGCUGAGGCUCGGAGGGCAAAACGCAAGGCAGAGCGGGCACGGCUGCGUGAAGAAAGGGAUGAAAGAGCUCGUGAGGCUGAGCGUGAAGGCCGCCGACAAAAACGGCAUGCCAGAGAAAUGGAGGACCUCCCCCAUGAAUCUAAACGAGACAAGAAAUCGGACCGCCGUUCUCGUUCGGAGAGACCACCUAAAGACCCUCUCUCCCCCCAUGAAAGCCGUCGCCAUCGCUCUCAUCGUACUGACGAUGAAGGUGGGAAACCUAGGCGGCGUCGAUCCUCACCGGAUCACCACCGAUCUCGACGUGAGAAGUCAUCUCGUCACGAACAAGCUGUCCCCUACCCAGCCAUGGUAAAUGGAGGCAAAGAUAAAACCUCAUCUUGGGUGAAAUCUCAGAUCUCAGACCCUCCCGAGGUCCCUCCCAUCGUAGCUACGGUUAUUGAUGUGCCUGACCCUGCAAGGGAGCCUCAAAAUGCUUCCUUAUCAUCCGACGAAGAGGCACGAAGAGCCAUCCAUCGUCGUUCUCGAAGGAAAUCCCGUCCUGUUGACCCAAUGGAUGUGGAUUUCGACAGACGACCUCGCAGACGUGAAUCUCGUCGCGAAGGCCGCGACCCAGUCCGAAGCAAUGAAAGUAGCGGCGAUAUGGACCAUCGUUAUGGUGGCAUGAACACCAAGCGAACGAGCUGGUUUAAGAAACUUACCAGUGGCUUUUGA